ACGUCACGUACAUAGUGGGAGGGAUCAGCCAAGGGGGCUCUCUCUCCCUCUACCUCAUGUGCCGGAAGGCGCUGGGAAGCUUCGCGGAUGGUUCCGAUGCCUCCUCUCUGCCCUUCAUUGCCUCUAUUGGCCUCAGCACAUGGCUACCCAAUUGCAGGUGGGAUCUGGGGGAGGUGUUAUAUGAAGGGGUAGGAUCUGCAGAGGUUAGUCUGGUUCCGGCACCUGGAGAAACGGAUGCAGCUCUUGCAGAGAGAGCUGCGAGGCAUCCUGUAUUCAUGGCACAUGGGGAAGUUGAUCCCCUUGUGGGCUACGCCUGGGGCAGGGCCAGCUCUGACCUGCUGCGCAAUGCUGGCUUCUCCAACCUCACCUUCAACUCGUAUCCCCAGUAA